AUAUAGCUUUGCAUUGCUGCAUGAAAGAGGAGAUGAACGCUAUCGCUCUCACUGAUCCAUUGUUUGCAGAUCGUGCUAGACUUGCCUGCUUCUUGCACUGGAAGAAGAUUUGUUUUAUACAUUAAACAAUCUGGUCAAAAAUCCUUCCUGUUGGACAUUCUACCCUAUAUUAAAAAUUCCAAUUAUGCCAAACUAUUGUAGAUAAUAGGUCGAGUAGAUAGCCUAAAGGGGUUGAUGCUGCUGUGUUUACUGACCUGAAUUGCUGCUGAGUGCAAUAGGGGCACCAUUCCAUAACCAGCCUGUGCUGUUCCUACAUUCACGGACAUCUCCAAUGCUGUCCAAUGCUUUUAAUCACAUUCCCCAACCUAAUGAUUAAAACAAUUAUUAUUCAGAUGUCUCAAAAGGAUAAAGUCCACACACCAUCUGGGGAUAGUCUACUCAUUGUUUUUUGGUUCAGUUUUUGUUUACAUGGCAGUAUUCUAUACUGGUGGAGUAAUGAGGACAAGCUGCUCAAAGAGUAGGGGACUCUCAUACUGUAGAGCAGGCCUGCCUGGCUCUGACCUGCAUACUGCAUGAUGAGAGCUAGCAUCCUGGACCGCUGUUUAGCAUCCAUUCAGCCGCUGCCAAAAUAUAGACAGCAAUUAUUUGGACACAAAAUUGAACAACAUGACAUUCAGCCUUAUUUUUCCGCAUGAAGUAAUAAGUUGGUUGUUCUCCACGUGUAGUGAAAUGACUGAUUUCUGCUGCUCUGAGUCAGCCAGUCAGUCCCCCAGGUCUGUGAUUUUUCUCAUUUUCUGGGACUCCAUCAGUAGAGGAGGCAGUGGACUCAGAUGUCAGACCUUGUUAUGGUUGAGUGGACACAGUUUUCUAUGGGGAACUAGAAGGUGGACGGACGUCAUCCAUUGGAGGGACUAUAAAGCAGUUUCUUUAAAGCUCUCCUGUCUUUGAGAGUUCCUCAAUGUGCUGCUCUCUCUAGUCCAUUCUCUCCAAGGGCAUUCACUUCAGCCUCAUCAUAUUUCAUAAUCACGUCCCUGGGGCGGGAGCCGCUCUUUAUUAGGGAGACCUGCUGUGUGGCACGCUGGCCAGACUAGACAAACCAGACGGUGUGAGAGCGGUUUCAGAGUGCCCAGCCCCGCCUCCCAGCAGUCCCACAACUGGAGGCCGACCUAGUCAACAUGAACCUGCAUGGCGCCAGCGGAGGCCUCGACCGCUGCAGGGACAGUGACCGCUCCCGAGACUCCUCCCACGAGAGGGGCGAGGGUCAGCUGACCCCUUGCAUCAGAAACAUCACCUCUCCCACCCGACAGCACAACAGUGAUCGAGAGCGGGGCGAGGGUGGUUCUUCCUCCAGGUCGUCAAGCCCUCGGCCGCCCAGGGCCAUGAUGUCGGUGGGGCCCAGUUGCAUCGCAGUGAGCAGCAGCAGCCUGUUCAGCAAAGAGGCCCACUGUAAGGGCCUGGGCCACGGACACGUCCACGGCCCCUGUGACCUCAUCUACGUCUAUGAGAACGCCAAGGAGGGGGCGCGCACGUUGCGGACGGCCGAGAGGGUCACUCUGAUCGUGGACAACACCCGCUUCGUGGUGGACCCGGCUAUCUUCACUGCUCAGCCCAACACCAUGCUGGGAAGAAUGUUUGGAUCCGGGAGGGAAUACAAUUUUACCAGGCCCAAUGACAAAGGGGAAUUUGAGGUGGCAGAUGGAAUCAGCUCAACUGUUUUUAGAGCUAUCCUGGAUUACUACAAGUCUGGGAUAAUCCGCUGUCCUGAUGGUAUCUCCAUUCCCGAGCUGAGAGAAGCAUGUGACUACCUCUGCAUCUCCUUCGACUACAGCACCAUCAAGUGUAGAGACCUCAGUGCACUCAUGCACGAGCUGUCCAACGAUGGGGCGAGGCGUCAGUUUGAGUUUUACUUAGAGGAGAUGGUGCUGCCUCUGAUGGUGGCCAGCGCCCAGAACGGAGAGAGGGAGUGUCACGUAGUGGUCCUGACAGACGACGACGUGGUGGACUGGGACGAGGAGUACCCUCCGCAGAUGGGAGAGGAGUAUUCUCAGAUUAUAUACAGCACAAAACUGUACAGAUUCUUCAAGUACAUAGAGAAUCGUGACGUUGCCAAAUCAGUAUUAAAAGAAAGAGGACUUAAGAAAAUCAGACUAGGAAUUGAAGGUUACCCCACCUACAAGGAGAAGGUGAAGAAACGUCCCGGCAGCCGGCCAGAGGUAAUCUACAACUACGUCCAGAGGCCCUUCAUCCGCAUGUCCUGGGAGAAGGAGGAGGGCAAGAGUCGCCAUGUUGACUUCCAGUGUGUGAAGAGCAAGUCCAUCACCAACCUGGCAGCUGCCGCUGCAGACAUUCCCCAGGACCAGCUGGUUAACAUGCACCCUGGUCCUCAGGUGGAUGAACUGGACAUCCAGCCUCAGCCAAGUUAUCACUACGAGCCAGACCCAGAAGCCCCCUCACCGGCUGUCUGAGACUGGGCCCCCGUCCCCCUCCGCUCCCCCCUCUUCUCCCUCCACAGAGCACUGUAGUGACAAGCAAGUUGGGCAGCAGAAACCACAUUGCCUUUACAAGCCUCAAAAGAUAACUGGUAUAUACUGUCAAUAGCCAAGGAAGGAGAAGCAAAGCACACAGUAAACGAUUGCCUCAUUGCACUGUCUGCACUGUUUUUUUAACUAACCAAAGGAGAUUUAUUUUUAUUAAGAAUAUUUGACGUAUUAUUUUCAUUUUGAAGGGGGGGAAAAGCAGAUUAUAUCACAAUAAACUUGUCUGUGGGUCCUCAUGUGAUGAGUUGUGUGUGUGGUGCUGCUGUGUAGUUACAGUACAGUAGUUCCUAAAGGGUUUGGUUUUCUCCACUUCCCCUGCCCCUGGUGAUGUGGUAUGGCGGUGCGGAUUUAGAAUCUUACUAUAGGUACUCCACCACCAGAGAAGCCUCGCUGUGAUGCUUUGGUCUCAGAAUAAAUACAUUUGUAUUCAUCUCACUUUCAUCA